UCACAGGCUAUCUAUUCUGUACCAGAGGAUUUCGUGGACUAGUUGCCAAAUCAUACGACAGGGCGAUGAGAGCUCUACUCGGCACACGACUUCUUCCCUUCUUCGAACGAAUACAUAAACCCCGUCUGCUCCCAAGACCUGCGGAAUUUCACGUCUCUUCUACAUUUGUCUCUUCAUACACUUGAUCUUUCCCAGGCACAGCUAGCUACAAUCCUCACAUCUCUUCAACACUUUGUCUUUCACACGCUUGUCUUUCCCCGGCUUCAACCAACGACACAAAUCUCACAGCAACCAUGUCCUUGCUUGUAGCCGGACUCCUGAUCAUUUGCGCGGAACUUCUUCCUACCCUUCUCCUCGGAACUGUGGACCUGAACCAAGGCUCCCUCGAGCUUCCCAGCAAACGUUCGGCGGCUGACCGUGAAACGACACUCUACAUCGUGAACGGGGUCAACACCUGGAAGAGUGGCAACGAGACCUCUGGCAUAGCGGUCCGGUUCGACGAUGGCCCGGAGCGCAUUCUUAUGCCCGAAUCCGACCUAAGCCCAUCGGUCCAUCAAUCGUGGGGCCCAGACGUCCCCGACACCAUCCACAUCACCAACGUCGGGCCGCCCGUCUGUGUUGGGGGCUUCAAGAUCGAAUAUCCCGACGGCUCGAAUUUCAGCAUCAACGGCAACCUGGGCAAAGUAUGUGGUGCCAAGCACUACGAGGGCCAGGAAACUGCCUUCUUGACCGACGACCCAUCUUGUACCUGGAUCGACCACACCGACCCUGAGUCGCGGGCUAUGAUCUUCAACAUGACGGUUGUUCAUUGGUCGGACCUCAACGUUGAGAUCCACAACAAGACGGACCUGUGCAAAGAACCCUUUAUGACGAGGGAAAACUCGACAAGUGCGGACACACAAAAGAGGACAAGCCACGCCGACUUCAACGGCCACCUGAUCAAGAGCAAGUUGGCAAUCAACAGUGCUGCGCGCUUGUGCAACGAUACUGCCUCAGUUGGCCCAGACUUUGCCGCCUUGUCGGAAGGCUUAUACUGCGACAUGGACACAAAGGAGAUUUACCCCAUCUGUGACGAGGGUCAGGUCUGUGGCUGCUUCCGCGCCAUGGACAACGUCCUAACUGGAGGUUGCGAUGAUUCCAGUGAACCUAAUAUCUCCGAGCGCGCGGUCCAGAUCGUCAAGGCCUACGACCGUGUCGUGGUCUGGGAGUAGUUCAUUCAGGAGACAGAAAAGAGGUACGGCUUACGUUCAUGUAUUUCAACUGCGGACGAGACUCUCAGCGAUACUCAAUAGGACUAUACCUGGUGGCGGAUGACAGUUUGUAUUGUUUACAAUGGAUUGAGGAGUUACGAAGGUCUUUCAGGCGCAUUCGGCGAGGGAGGUUUGAUCAUCACCGAGCAGGCAGGUUAGAUAAUGUGAGGAGCGUUGUCUACAAGGGCCACUUUGCUUUGUGUUCUUAACCUAUGUCAGAAACUUUAGGCAGAAAA